AUGUCUGCCUUUUUCCUGGUGUUUAGCGAGCCUGGCGGUCGAGUGUCGUUGGAUGAGUUCCAGGAUUGGUACAACAACGAACACAUUCCCCUUCGUCUCAACCAUCUCCCUCAGUUUCUGUCUGGUGCUCGCUACCAGUCCACUGACCCUGGCGACGACACCUGGCUCUCCAUAUACCAAGUCACCCAUCCCGAUAUCUUCUCUCAUCCGUCUUACACAACCCUCAGAGAGAAUCGGAGCCCACGUGAGGCAGAUCUCGUCAAACGUCUUGCACUUCUAGACAGGAGAUGUUACCACAUCGUCAAUGUCGCUUCCUCUGGCGUUCCCUGUGGUUUCGAACUGGGAGAGCACACUACUCAGGCUCUCCUCACCUAUGCAUCUACGACCGAUAAGCCACCUUCCAUCCCCUCCUCACUCAGGACACACGUCUUGAGCUUAUUUGAUCACAGCACCAUGAAACAUGGUGCCACUGUAUCCACCGAUUAUCCGGAGUAUCAUGUCGUUCAUGAGUUCGCCAACGUAGCCGAUGCGACCACUGCUGCAUCUCUCAUCGAUGAUCCCCAGCUCACCCAAGUCAAAACUUUCAAGUUAUACAGAGCUUAUCCCUGCGUUGCACAGGGCAAUUUACCAUAGGCCCGUAAUUUACGGCUGAGAAUAAAUUUAACGUCGUCCAGUUAUUACCACGG